CUGUAGACAAUUUCUCAAAGUCGCAUCUCGAGAUGGAUUUUUAAGUUCCAUUGACCCUCACAGGCGUCACGGUUGCAUCUCGGCCUAUAAUGGCCUCAAAAUCACGAACCCAGAGCGCCUUCCUCGCACCCCCCGCCGACUCUCCACAAAGCACUACCCAACCACAAACCCCCGCUAUCCCGCGCCGUCAAGCAACCCUCUACGAUGCCAUUGCCGGCCGCAGCACGCAACACGGCCUCACCCGCACCCCGACUCCGCACGCCAUCGCCCCCGAAACAGUCCUCUUCCAACGUGCCGCCGCCCCGGACCGACACGUAGAGACGGAUACAUAUUUUGCAUCUGAUGAUGCCGCGGGGCAUCUACCCGACUCGGAUCUGUUGAAGGCAUUACAUGUAUAUGCUGCGGACUUUUAUGCCGCGGAGCGAGAGGCAGGUGCCGAUUAUAGGAGUCUCGAUGAGACGGCGCUUUUGGCCCUGGGGGUACUAAUGGAGGAGUUAUGCCGGGAGCAGCUUGGGGACGGGGGAGACUUGGUGUUUACUGAGGGAGAGGUGGAGGAGGAAGGGGUUGGGAGGGCAAGAAGUCAGUCGCGGGGUGUUGGCCGGGAAGGGAAGAGGAGGAAAGUCGAGAGAGAGCUCGACGGAUGAUGAGAGUGGAAUUGCUACAUUGCCGACAAGCAUGGUGCUGAUGCGGGGAUUUCCAUUCAAUAUAUAUGGACUGCCGAAGCGCAGACGAGCAUGACGCGGCUCCCCACACCGCGACAGGAGAAGUCCAGACUCCACCUCAGCCGCGUGAAACACCAACAGCGAGAGUCACGGGCCUGGACCGGUGAGCUGACUCGUGGGAGGAGGCGGGGACAUAAAAAUCCUUCACACACGUGCGCCCGAGACCUCGAUGGGCAACGUCCUUGUGCUACCACGAUCUCCGACCGCGGCAACACGUGCGUUGCAGAGGACAUGUCAUAUCAUGGCGAUGCCAUGUCUACCGAUAGGCCAAGUGAGGUGAGAUUAGAUGAGGUGGCCGAGAGACCUUAGCCAAUGCGUUGGUGGUUUCUCGCACACCAAGAGAAAAAAACAGGCUUGUGUGCGCGAUGGAUCGCCCUGAAUGUCUCACCGAGACAACACACUCUCCAAUGCAACAAUGUCUCUCUACCCCUCCCCCCUCAAUCUCUCCAGGCGAGCGGUUCCUUUCCCGUCAUGCAUCGCCUGCACGCACCUUACUCUACAACGGAGUAACCUCCGACUCCAAUCCCAGAAACUUGUAUCUGCAAACCCCUCCCAACUGCCGUAUCUGCCCCCAUUCCAGUGAACGGCCCGCGCCAGAUCUCCACUGCUCCCUGGUACUGACUCGCACCGGAUUGAGAUCCCGCCCCGACGUGGGAGGAGCUCAUAUAGGUACGGUGUCAAUAGUUGGGUGGUUAUGCGGGAGGGCGGGGUAGGUAGUGGGGGAUCUGAUAGGGAGGGGCACAGGGAGCACGGAUAGGGAAGGAUUGGGAAAUGGGAAGGAUGGGGCUGUAGCGCUGAAGAAUUCGAUGGUUUGCAUACGGGAGUGAAGUGGAUAUUGGCGGGACAGUACAGUUUGUAGCGCUGUCGAAAGCGCUGACGUGCGGGAGGGAGUGGAGUGAAAGCUGGGAUGAGACAGACAUCGAUAUCAUGGUGGGGUGGGAAGCUGGGAUGAGACAGCCCUCAAAAUAUGAUAGUGGAGCGUGCGACGCCGGAGGUGGAUAAAAGGGGGUGGCGCCCGUGCUGCCGCCGCGGCUGGGGAGCAGCUUCCGGAUGCCGGGAGUGGGGGGGAUGCGAACGCCAAAAGUUGUUUUUCCUUUGGCCGGGAUGGCGUAAGAUCAAGAUUAGGGCCAUCCAUGAUCUCCUGCGAUGCAGGUGCGAUGUGAGGUCGAUGCCGAUGGCCGAUGCGAUCCCGUACGGUGUUAAUGCGAACUAUACAAGCGUUGGUGCUGAGAGCUACUGCAACGGAGAGCUUUUAGCAGAUGGAUGAAGGCAUGCAUGGGAUCUAUGAGAUUUAGUCACCGAGCAUGCAUGCAUCGUUCAUCUUCGGAGAUCUAGGGCGCCGGCGGGGCGGGAGUGUCCCGCGAGUCAUGGCGUGCAUGAGGAGAGUGCCAGUUUUGGGAUAUGACUGGGGGGUUCGAGGUUGUUUCGUGAUGCGCUGUAGGCGCUGAGUGGACAGGACAGGAGGAACACAAUAUGGGAUAUUCCCUCAUAUCUGAAAAUGCGCAUUACCUACAAAGGAGUAAAUGAAUUCUACGGCAUUCGGGAACUGGCUGUAAUUUUUAAUAUGUAAUUGUGUAAAUUUAUAAUAUAUAUAAUAUCCAUAUAAAAAAUAAAAGAGGCAG